AUGCAUAGAAACAGCCCACUGUCAAUAUUUGGUAACAUUUCACCGUCUCCAUUGGCAACAAAGACCCGUUGGCCGUUGCAGCCGUUACCUCCGUCCAGAUCAUCUCGCCAACGCUUGUCCUUCUCCUCACCCACCCCGGAACCCUUCGGCCUUCGUGCGUGUCCUUUAUGUUUCUAUGCGUAUACGCACGUUUCCAUACUUGUUUCUCUUCUUUCAGUCAUCGUGCUGUGUUGCAUCUUCAAGUGUCGCAUUCCACGGACAAAGAAGGAGAUCGAAGCUCGCUACGCCCAGCGUCAGGCGGCGAAGAAGUACGCCAACACGCUGGACAACGUCCCUCCGCUGAACGAACUGACGGAAAUGCCAGGAGCAGCGGCAGAGGCAGAGAAGAAGGCAGAGGUUCCGACCGUCUCCGCCAACGUGUCGGCCGACAAGUCCAAGAAGGAGGCGAGGAAGAAGGAGAGCGUGAAGAAGGAGAGCGCGAAGGAGGCCGAGAAUGGAGCGAAGGGCCGAGCCAAGGAGGGGGGCGUCAAAAACGGGGCGCGGCCGAAAGGGGCGGCGGCGGGGAAGGGCGGCGGGAAUACCGGCGCCAAGGGGGCGGGCAACGCCAAAACCACCGGGAGGACUGCCGCGAAUGCCAAGGGAGGAGAAGCAAGGAAAGCUCCCGCUAAAAAGUCAUAGCCGCCCCUCCCUCCCACACUCUCUCUCCGACGGCCCGGGAUGGACAGACAUGUUGACCUCUGGGACCUCCAACCGGGAAAGGUCAAGCUACCAAGGCGAAGGUCGGCUUCACCGUCGCCUGAAAACCGCGCGGAAACGCGGCACGCCCACGCUGGCGAUCUGCCCAUGCUGGAGAUACGGCCACGGGAAUCAACCCAUGUAAAGAUCGGGCUCAAUGUCAAGGGCAGAUGGAUUUUUCUCAAGCUCACAAGCAGUGGAAACAAACAUGGAGACUUCAUCCACUGGAACUUCUCAGAAGGUUGAGAUGCGUUUGUUAGAGAACCCAGACAGACUUUGGACAGAGACAAGUAAGAAUGUCAUUGUCCUAUCUGGGACACAGGACAAUAACUUGACUCCCGACUCUUGACUCCCGACUCUUGAGGGGGUACAUGGAUAGGAUAGGUUUUCGAGGGAUGUGGGUCAAACCUGGGCAGGUGGGGCCUAGUGUAGAAGGGGCAUGUCGGUCGGCGUAGAUAAAUCGGGCCGAAUGGCCUGUUUCCACGCUGUGUCACUCGAUGACUCUGGGACUCCAUGGGACGGUGGUUCCAAGCAACUUUAAUGGGGGAGCAACAGUACUCAGUUGCUGCUGACUUGUAACCCCGGGUAUCCGGUUCAAUCCUGACCUUGGGUGGAUGGAUUUUGCAUUAAACCUUCAGUAAGUAAAGUAAGUAAGUAUCAU